UUCAGGACAAUACCUUCCAGAGAUAUUGUGGCAACGUGCUUUAGAAGGAGUGAAUUCGCAGCCUUGGGAGUUUUACAACUAACAUUUGCAUUCUGAAUUUGGCAGUACUCCACACUUUUGCAUAAGCUGUAGCCUGCGCCUACUUUCAGAUAAGGGAACACUCCUCAGUGUUUCAUUAGUGUUUUCCUUUUUUUUUUGUUUUUUUUUUUUCUUAAGUUCCCUGUGGAAGCGUGUUUGCCUUUGAACAGUUCAUUUUUGACCGUAAAUAACUGAGGACUCAACUAAUUUGGAUACGUGCAAAAGAAAUAUUUUCCCAAUCACAUGAAUCAUUCUGUGUGGCCUGGAAAAAAGAAGAGAGAGAGAAACCUUGAGAACAAGCAUGUCAAACAAGGGGGACAGAGCAGCUGUUUUUCGUACCACCAAAGUGCGGACCAAGCUGAAGGGAGACGGCAGCUGGUUGCAGCGCCGCAGUGAACCUCAGGCUGAAACUGAGGAGGAGAAACCCUGGAUAGCAGAGGUAAGAGCCAGUCGUUUGAAUGGAGCCCCUACAGAUACCAGUCCAGUGUCUUCCCCAACAACAUCCACUCCGCCACCCACCAAGCCUGACACUGAAAGAGCACCAGCAACAGGAUAUCUGAUCAGAGGCGUUUUCACUAAACUGGAAGAUAAGCCUGCGUCAUCCUCAACAUCUAAUGGCUUUAGUGGAACAACACAAUUCAACAAAAAACCUUCAGAGAGCUACAAGAAGAUAGCCCUUCACACUGUGAGGCCCACUUCAGAGACCCAGGAGAGCCAGCUUAGCCAGGAGGAGCAGGAGAGACGGAAAGAGGCAGCUAGCAAUGUUCUGAAGAAAUCUGCAGUCAGGCAGCGGUCGUAUGUGCUUUCUGCUGCUAAGAAAUAUGACUCUAAAGAAAAAGCACCUGACACCCCAUUGGUCAACAGCAGUCCAUCAUUUGUGGCUAAAAGGGUGGAGAUUACUGAUGAUGAUGAGAGCAACAUGACUCCAGCACCUGCCAGCUCUCCGGCCCCCUCCCCCGUCUCACCCGUCGCCCCUGUCACAUCUGUUGCCUCUGCGCCACAGCCCAAACCAAGGAAAAUAGUUGACACCAGUGUAAAAACAGCUGUUAAUGUCGCUGUCGAUGAGCCGGUGGCUCCAAAGGUGGAGGAGACUGCACCAGAGCCCGUGCAAAAAGACCCCGCUCCAGUGUCUGUUACAGAAAAAGACCCGUUUGAAGACGUGAAACCAGGGUGCACCAAGGUGGCCACGCCUCUCCCUGAACUUGUCCCUGUGUGCGUUGAAGCAGUCUGUGCCAAGCCAGAGCCUGAGGAUUCAGGUGUCUCUGGGAAAGCCGGGACCCCUCUGGUUAAACUUGUCCCUGCAUUACCAACCCCGGCUCCAACAACAACUCCACCAUCUCCUGCCCCAGCUCCAACUGUCCCAGAGCCACCUGCUCCAGUGUCUGCUGUAACAGCGAUCGCAGUGAAGACAGAAUCUGAACCUGAAGUAGAGCCUGGAUCAGAAUCAGAGCCACAGACAGAGCCAGAACCAGAACCAGAGCCAGAGGAAAAACCAGAACCAGAGCCAAAACCAGAACCAGAGCCAGAGCAAAAACCAGAACCAAAACCAGAACCAGAAUCUACACCGUCUCCAAAGCCGAGCUCCAGCGGUGACACGCUUACCGCCUUGUACGACACUCUCAUUCCAUUUGACACAAGUUCAACCAGUUUCAAGGAUGAUGAGCCAGUGCUGGCAAAGGAAGAGGGAGGCUCAGCGGACAGUCACACCACAGAGAACAGUGUUGAAAAGGAGCCAGAACCAGCACUCAGCAACUGUGAACCAAUAACAGACGAUCUCCUGGCUCUUGAUGAUAGUCCAGAGGAGUCAGCAGAGCCUGUUCCCCCCAGCCCAGGACGCUGGAGUCAGGAUCUGCUUAGCGCACUAGACAGUGAGGCAGAACCAGCAAAGACCAGUGGCACCCUGGAUCUCCUGGCUGAUGAUAUCAUUUUAAUCAACACAGAGGCUCGCAGCCUCAGCACACAGCGAGAGGAGGAGAAGCAGACAGAUGAGACAGCCAAAGAAACACAAAGCCCCACGGAGACAGUCACUAUAACCACCACAACUGUGAUCAUUACUGACAAAAGUGAAGAGGACCGUGCAGAUCCCUGGAGCUCACAUGUGACAACUACAGUCACUGCAUCAAGCUCGGCUGAUCCGUUUGAUCCAUAUCCGAUAGGGACCACAUCCCCUAACAGCUCCUCUGACCUGCUCCAGCCCCUCGCAGAUAUUUCCAUCAACAGUGCACCAGCCCCUACCAUGGAGAACAAAGACUCAGGUCCAGAAACAAAUAUGAGCGGUGCUGCACUUACAUCCCUUGCAGACGACAUCAUCCCCAUUGACACCGACACCACAAGCCCCAGCACUCAGUCUCAGCGGUCAUGGGCACGCACAUGGGAAACCAGCACACCUCAGCAGACUAACGCAGAAGAGAGCCAAGAGCCGGAGCCAGAAGGCCAAGCGGAAGAUCAACAGACGCUGAUCAUGUUUGAGAGAAAGUCCACUGAGAAUGACUCCCCAUGGGACAGGUGGACAUCACCCACUGUCUAUACUGUCACUACCACUACAGGAGAGGAAGAGGAGGAAGAGGAGGAGGAGAAGGAGGAAAGCCCUGAGGAUACACAGACUCAGACAGUCACGACCACCACCACUAUCAGGGAGAUGCACAGUGAGCCAGAGCCUGCUAUGGAUCGGACCGUGACAGAAGAAGACCGCCGUGUCCAAACACCAGAACCUGAGGGCAAAAAGGCGUUUGUAUAUGUGAAGGAGUAUGUCAAUGCAACGGAGCUGUCCUUGCAUAACACCAGAGACACAAUGGAAGGCAAAUCAGAUUAUUUGACAUCAAGCUCCGUCAGUGACUCUUUUAGCAGUCCCCCCACUCACUCCAGUGGCUCCCUGUCAUCCACAUGUACAUACUGUGGAGAGCAGGUGGGACAUGACGCCAGGAUCACCAUUGAGCACCUCAAUAUCAACUGUCACCCUGACUGCUUCAAGUGCGCUGUGUGUAGUAAGCCUAUGGGAGACCUUCUCUACAGUAUGUUCAUACAUGGUGGUAAAGUCCACUGCGAGUGCUGCUACUCCAAAGCUUUGGACUGAUUAUCAAAGCUCUUCAGCAGCCUCUUAUCCCCCCCCCCCCCCCCCCCCCUCCCCGUUCAUUUGCAUAUAAAGUGAGAACUGGUCUUUUGCAAAAGUUUGGAUUGUGUUCAGUUUGAACUUUGCUGUGGUUUAGGGUGAUCAAAGAGAUUGUUACAGGGAACAAUAUGAUUUCUUCAUGUGCAUUUUUACAUUAGGUUCAAUUUCUAAUUUCAUGUUACUGACCUGAACUGAACAUGUUAUACGAGCUUGUUUUUUUUUUUCCCCGGGUGGUGAAAGCUGUUUCUGCCUCAGUAGCCUAUGAAGGAUAUGUCUGUACAACAUGAUGCGCUAACAUGUAGCUGUGAACAGCCUAAAACUGGCAAGUGGGGUACGACAUUAUAAUUUAGCAACACUAGUUGUGCAAGAAUAUGACUUUGUUACAAAAUGUUUACUUCCUUUGUUCUUAUGAUACAAAAUAGUGUGUUCACAUGUAUGAUGCCUUGUUAACAAAAUAAAAUGAUUUAUAUGA